AUGUAUUUAACAUGGCAUGUGUUAAACAUGACAUGUGUGUUUAACAUGGCAUAUGUGUUUAACAUGUCAUAUGCUGUGUUUAAUAUGGCAUAUGCUGUCUUUAACAUGGCAUAUGCUGUGUUUAACAAGGCAUAUGUGUUUAACAUGGUAUGUGUGUUUAACAUGUCAUAUGCUGUGUUUAACAUGGCAUAUGCUGUGUUUAACAUGUCAUAUGCUGUGUUUAACAUGUCAUAUGCUGUGUUUAACAAGUCAUAUGUGUUUAACAUGUCAUAUGCUGUGUUUAAUAUGGCAUAUGCUGUCUUUAACAUGGCAUAUGCUGUGUUUAACAAGGCAUAUGUGUUUAACAUGGCAUAUGUGUUUAACAUGACAUAUGCUGUGUUUAACAUGGCAUAUGUGUUUAAAAUGUCAUAUGCUGUGUUUAACACGGCAUAUGCUGUGUUUAACAUGUCAUAUGAUGUGUUUAACAUGGCAUAUGUGUUUAAAAUGGCAUAUGCUGUGUUUAACAAGGCAUAUGUGUUUAACAUGGCAUAUGUGUUUAACAUGACAUAUGCUGUGUUUAACAUGGCAUAUGUGUUUAACAUGGCAUAUGUGUUUAACAUGGCAUAUGUGUUUAACAUGGCAUAUAUGUUUAACAUGGCAUAUAUGUUUAACAUUGCAUAUGUGUUUAACAUGGUUAUGCAUACUCUUGCUUACAAGUAAUAUUGAACAAUGAGAAAGCAUCAGCAAAACUUGAUCAUGCACCAAAAAGUAUAAUUGAGCUUUCAGUAUAUCAUCCAGUUAUUUUCACUACAAUGAAAUACACCUAAUAAUGAGCAAAAUGAGCAAUAGAAGCACAGGAGCAGAAUUGAGCGUUUUUUUUAAGUGAAAAACCGUAAUGCCUUUUUAAAUUCAUUAUUGUUGGCAAUGCUAUCAGACAUGAUAAAAAGUGCAUAACAUUAAAUAAAUUAUUACUCUUCACAAAAACAUUUUUCCCUACUUUGCAACACUGUAUUGCUUGAAUAAGGUAUUGAAUAAUAUUAAUCUUGCAUUGUCAUGAUUUGCUUUUAGUGUUAUAAUUCUGUAAGUACAAGUUAACCCCAGUAUACAAUACUUGAAAAAUUUGUCUUGAACCAAUAGUAUAUGAUAACUUAUGUUAAUACAAAGACAGGUUUAAAAAUUGUUCAGUUUAUAAAGUUUCGUUAUUGUAUCCUCUGAUAACAUGAUCAUCAGUGGUUUAUCUUUAUGCAUCAAUCAAUUCAGAAUUGUCCAAUUAUAGUCUCAAUUUGGCUCAAAUCAGCUGAGUUAUAGGUACAACAGAAAAUACAUCAAAGAGGAGAAUUCGGCACUCAUACUGAUUUCAGUGGCCAUUUCAUUUGAUAUUUGUUUCAAUGUUGUAUUUUAUGAAACAGCUUAUCACAGAGAAUAACAAAAUAAAUACAUUUGUUGAGUAGUUUGUUCAGAAUGCAUUAUCAAAUGUAUUUUCUUCCUUCAAACCAAACUGGCCUUCAUAUUAUAGUGAGUAGUACGUAUAUACAGUGUAUAU